CGGUGCUAACCUUUUCUUCUUCUUCCCGAUUUCCUUGAUUUCUUCGUAUCCACACUUUCUACCCAACGUUCAGCUCUUCGUUCCAUUCGACCCCUUGGACAAGCUGCAUGGCGGCUCCGCGCCCAGCACCCACAAAUAUUCGCCUGAGCAAAAGUCUGGGUAGUGCUGAACUCCAAUCAGAGCCCAGCCGUUCCGACAUGUCUUCCAUGCAAGAACUCAUCAACGAGCUUUUAGCAGCCUUCCAAUCUCAGCAGCAUCCAUGGAAAUCUAACCUCGGAGCCAUCGAGUCAAUCACUGCCGAAAUGCAGCGCCUCAAGCAAGCCAAGCCAGCGUUGAGGAAUGGUAUUCACUUCUAUGUGUCUGAUUACCAAUCGGAAAAGGGCGAAGAAAGAUACCACGACAGAAUCCGGAUGCUGCAACGACAAAAGGACAUGAAAGAUCUCGAGAAAGCUAUCGAGGAUACUCUGAAAAGCUUCAAACUCUAUGGAGCUAUUCAAAUAGCAAAUAGAGUCUUGCGCGGAAGAAAGAGAACAAUCGCUGAGAUCACCGAGGACAAUGACAAAUUGGAUUGGCAAUGGGAAACACUGGAUAUGGCUAGGAAACAGGUGAAGGCCGGGAUUGACGACUAUGAGCGAGGCUUGACUGAUGAUGAUACUUCCGUGGACGGUGCUGCUGUGAUUGAUGCUGAGGAUGGCGAAGCGAUGCAGCAGAACUAGGAUCAUCAACAACACGACAGGACACAAUUUCGAAGGUGGCAUGUGUCAACGGAAUAAGCCAUGACCACGAGAAAACACCACGAAGACAGGCACCGAGAGCUGACAGGUUGGAGAAUGUACUCGCAAUCAAACCAAACAACCCACUGUCUAUGUAUCGCUCUGUGGA